AUGAAAUCGAUAUUCAGCACAAUCGCCCUAAUUGCCACCGCAUUCGCAGAGACAAUUGAUGUCAAGGUCGGCGAGAACGGCCUCACCAUCGAACCUAGCAACAUCAACGCUCGGCAAGGAGACGAUGUCGUUUUUCAUUUCUUCAGCGGAAACCACGACGUCGCUUCAGGGCCCUUUGCCUCACCAUGCACACCCUCGGACAAUGGAUUCUAUUCAGGCAUCAUAAACGCGAAUGGCAACCAGCCUGACGCUACCUUCACAGUGAGAAUCAACAACACGAAUCCCAUCUGGUUGUACUGCACAACCAGUGGCCAUUGCCAAAGCGGCAUGAGCGCCGUAAUCAAUCCACCUCGAACCGGAAACACCCUCGAUGCCUACAAAGCUGCCUCCAAAAACGCCAACAGCGUUCGACCACCCCAGGUCCGUGGGGGCAUUUUUAGCGCGGAUGGAAAGAGAAACAGUGGCGGAGCGAGUACUUCGAGCUCCAGUUCAGGAACACCCUCCAGCACUGGCGCUGGCGCUCGCACAGGCACCAGUACUGGUACUGCCACUGCCAGCGCCACCGGUGCUACCGGAACUGGCGCCGCAUCUACCAUCUUAACAGAUAAGACGAUGCUGUUUAAUGCAUUUGCGGCUAUCGUUGCGGCCGGUGUGGGCUGGGUUGGCCUCUUGUAG